UCACUGAUCUGCUCUCAGUUCAAGCAACCGAAAACAAGGGACUGCGUGAUAAGGUGUCGGGCUGUAGACGCAGGAGCCCAAGGAACGCAAUUAUGGACAACAGAAGCUCCGUCCUCCACCUCGCCACAUUUGAAGCCCCGUACCCUGUGCUGGUGCUCAUAUUCAGCCUGUGCCUUGCGAUGUACCUAACUAUGACCGCAGCUAAUCUGCUGGUGCUUUUGAUGGUGGCAGUGUCCACAGACUUGCACAAGCCCAUGCACAUAUUUCUGUGCAAUCUUGCAAUUGGCGACAUCAUUAUCAGCACAGGUGGCUUGCCCAAGCAGCUGCAGGUCCUCCUGACGGGCAACAGAGAGAUCCUGUACGUGUCAUGUGUCGCACAGAUGUUCACAAUUCACAUAUCUGCCCUGAAUGAGAUUUUUACAUUGGCUAUGAUGUCUGUUGAUCGCUACCUGGCCAUCUGCUACCCAUUGCAGUACCACACCAAGGUUACUGCAAAGAGAUCUAUUUUACUGUCAUUACUGUCCUGGCUGAUUGGAAUCGUAUCAGUCAGCAUUCAAAUUAUCCUUCUCCUUUCACUUCAACUAAGCGAAAAAAACAGGCAAAUCCAGGGCAUAGUUUGUGAUAAUAUGGGAAUAUUUAAGUUAGCCGUUGGUGACACGAGCCAAAUGGAUGCGUACUUGACGUCAAAGGUCGUCGUAUUCGUUGUCUCUCCUUUCUGUGUAAUUGUGUACACCUACGUUCGGAUUCUUGUCGAGUGCAAGAACUCGAGCUCCUCCGAGUUCAGGGGCAAAGCCCUGCACACAUUCGGCACGCAUUUCAUGGCGCUCGCCGUCUUUUUCACGGCGCUUUUCUUGGACAUCCUUUUGCUGCGCUUUGUGAAGGAUGUGGACAGCGAGGGCGCGAGAAACUUGAGAUCCGCCGCUCAGUUGGUGUUCUUGCUCAGCCCGCUUGCGAACGUGCUCAUUUACUGCCUCCGCACGACUGAGCUGAGACUCACAAUUAGUAAGCACUUCAAGAAGAUCUCGCGUAAGGUGCAUUUCUGUCCAAAAAUCAAAGUUCACGGUUUAGGUUGUGGUUUGAAUUAUGCUUAACAGAAAAGUCAAAUCUUCAUGCAAGGGAUACAAACGUUCAUUUCGUCUACUUAAUGUACAAUUUAUGUACGCUAUGGUUCCUCGGUAUCACGUUUUAUAACAAGGCGUUGUUUUGGUUGUGCAGUUAUAUACAGGUCUCCAUUGCUGAACGGAUAACUCUAUAUUCAAUGAGCUGGAUAUAUCCAAUGAUGAAGUUAUAAAUAAAAUUAUUCAUUACAUCAAUGUUACUUCGAGGUAAUGAUUUUGCUUUCUUCAGGUAAUAUGGAAAUAUUUAGUUUGGAAUUAAUUUCCUGCUUAAUGACAUCAAAACAAUUAAGCCCUAUUACCAAAUCACUCGGAAUAUUAUUAUUAUCAUCUCAGACCCUGUGCCUGGCUUAGCCUGGAUAGUUCUUGGGUUUGCAACCAUCUUGUACGAAACUCAAAUUUGUCGGCUGUUGUGGAGGUACAUUGUCAUUAGAGGGCAGUGCAGCGAAAACCAUUGUCCUGCACUCCGAUGUUCCAAUGUCUGUUUAAAACGUAGGAUUUCGUGACCACUAUAUGUAUAAUACAGGUAUUUUAUGGGUUAGAUCACGUAAAUAUAUAAAUGUGUCCUUAAACCCGCCACCACCCGACACAGACAAUUAGUAAGCUUUGGCAGGUAAACAGAACGUGCCAAUUCGUUCCGAGUACAGCACAUUU